ACAAAAUGGGUAGAACAGGGCACAUUUCACGGUCUUUUAUUACCUGUGUUUUUUCAUUUUCUCUUUUAAUUUCUUCGUUGAAUUUGGUAUCAUCGCAAAACAUGCAGAUUCAGGCUCUUCCACAGAUAGUAGACAUGGGAGAGGAUACACUGACUAUAGUCUGCUCCUUAAGCAAUCCAUCACAAGUCAAGUCGCUGUAUUUUAUAGAACUGCAGAGGAACACUUCCGUCUCUUUUGAAAGAUUGAUUGAUCGUACUUUAAAUACAGAUAAUUUUCAAGAAGAGACAAUAUAUACAGAUUUAACAUUACAAGGCAGGACAACAGCAACAGGGUCUCUUAAACCUCCUUCUACAGCAGAACUUAGAUUAACUUUUACAAAAAACAACGUGAAGUGUCCGGAGGAUUUCAAAGAAUACAGGUGUAAAAUGAGUGGAUUGGAUAGUAAUUCGAAUUCAAUUCCUGAACAAGACGCUGUAUCAAAUCCAGUAAAAAUUUCUUAUAGAGUUCAGCCGAAACUGAUCGAGAGGCCCAGUGUGAGGAUACUUGGACAACAGUUUGACACAAAUGAAAGGCAGUUUGAAGUAGGAGCAGCUUUACAGUUAACUUGUACAGGACAGAUAGGCAGUGAUCCUAGUGCGACGAUACGUUGGUGUGCUAAGACUGCUGGAGCACAAUCCUUCACAGGGCUACCACAGACACCACUCCCGGUCCUCACCAUCUGGCUGUCAGUUCACCUGUUCUAGUACUAUCACCUACAACCUUACACGCA